AUGGGUUUGAUAGGUUCCAUUGGCUUCACCUCCAAGCUCUCAUGGCUACUCAUUUGUUGCAUCCUCGUCGUUUUCGCUCCGUUUUCGGCAGCUAAAACUCACCGUCAUAGUUUUGUGGUGAAGUUACGACCAAUCACUCGGCUUUGUAGCUCCAAGAAUAUCUUGACGGUAAAUGGGAAGUUUCCAGGACCGACGUUGGAAGCUCGAACGGGAGAUAAAAUCAUCGUUCGAGUGAUUAAUAAGUCAAAAUAUAACAUCACAUUUCAUUGGCAUGGUGUAAAACAAGUAAGAAAUCCAUGGUACGAUGGUCCUGAAUACGUAACUCAGUGUCCAAUCCUACCAGGCAAGAAGUUCACUUACAAGGUUCAACUCACCAAUGAAGAGGGAACCAUAUGGUGGCAUGCUCAUAGCGGCUGGGCUCGAGCCACGGUCCAUGGCCCUCUCAUUAUCUACCCAGCCCCACCAAGCACCUAUCCCUUCCCUAAACCUCAUGCACAAAUCCCAAUUGUUAUUGGUGAGUGGUGGAAGAAGGAUGUAAUGGAAAUUCCAGAUAAUGCAAAAAGAAGCGGUGGUGAACCAAUACUUUCAGAUGCCUAUACCAUCAAUGGUCAGCCAGGAUAUCUAUAUCCAUGUUCCAAGAAAGGAACAUUUGAAUUAACAGUGGAGCAUGGAAAAACAUAUCUUCUACGAAUGAUUAAUGCAGUGAUGGACGAAGAUCUGUUCUUCGCAAUUGCAAAGCAUGAGAUGACAUUGGUGGGGAAGGAUGGAAUCUACAUGAAACAAAUCAAAACAAAUUACAUAAUGAUCACACCAGGGCAAUCCAUGGACCUUUUGAUCACUGCAAAUCAAGCCCCAGGCACCUAUUUUAUGGCCACAAGAUCAUACUCAAGUGCCUUUGGUGCUGGCUUUGACAACACCACAGCCACAGCCAUUCUCAAGUACUCAACAAAAUCUUCAAUUCCAACAUUCCAUUAUUUCCCAACAUUGCCUCCAUAUGAUCGAACCGAAGCAUCGACGGAUUUCACGAAACAAUUCCGAAGCUUAACGAUCAACGGUCGUCGAGCUGAUGUUCCGUUGAAAAUCGAUACUCGUUUGCUUUUCACUUUAUCUGUGAAUCUAUUGAAUUGCUCUACUAAAAAGCCUUGUGCUGGAGCAUUUGGGAAGAGGUUUGCUGCAAGUGUUAACAAUGUGAGCUUUGUAGCUCCAUCACUCUCUUUGCUUCAAGCUUAUUACUACAAUGUCGCCGGAGUUUUUACGAAGGAUUUCCCGAAAAACCCGACGAGGAAAUUUAACUACACGGCCGAGGUUAUACCGGAAGCUUUUCUGUCUACUUCGUUCGGGACUAGGGUUAUGGUUUUGGAGUAUAAUGCUAGUGUGGAGCUUGUCUUGCAAGGUACCAAUGUGGUUGCUAGUGAUAAUCAUCCGGUUCAUUUGCAUGGUUAUAGCUUUUACGUUGUUGGAUGGGGGUUUGGGAAUUUCGACCCGAAAACCGACACGAAACGGUAUAAUCUCGUUGACCCACCGAAGGAAACAACGGUUGGAGUUCCGAAGAAUGGAUGGGUUGCUAUUCGAUUCAAGGCGAAUAAUCCAGGUAUGUGGUUGAUGCAUUGUCACCUUGAGCGUCACCAAGUAUGGGGCAUGAGUAUGGUGUUCUUAGUGAAGAAUGGGCAUGCUCGUGAUCAAAAAAUUGUUCGUCCUCCACAUGAUUUGCCUAAAUGCUACCAUUAGUUUAAGAUUACUUUUCAUUUGUUUCGAUAGUGAUCGUGUAUUCGUGAAGUGACUGUUCGAAUUUCUAUUUGUGUGAGUAUCUAUUUUGAU